UUUUUCAUUGUAGAAUAAACACACGAUACAACAUACAUGCACAAAGAGUAUAAUAAGUAUAGGGGAUGCACAUCAAAGAGUAUAAUAAGUAUAGGGGAUGCACAUAAACAUCUGUCAUCUGCCUGUUAAGUUGUGACUUGUUUGUGUCUUGAGGUGAUAUUUUUCAAAACAACUUAAUUUUUAAUUACAAAUUGUUGAUCCAGCAUAUCUUUUACAGAAUCUUCGUGUAAAAGCAUACACUCGUGAAAUUAUAGUGUAAUAAUAAUGUUAUUCUGCCCGACGUGUGCUAAUGUUCUGAUGGUGGAAGAAGGUCCUGAAUCUGGACUGAGGUACGCCUGUAAUUCUUGUCCUUACGUGUACAACAUCAGAAAGAAAGUAUCCUCGCGAACUUUCCCUAAAUUGAAGGAACUCGACUAUAUCAUGGGCGGAGCUGCUGCCUGGGAGAAUGUAGAUUCAACAGAUGCUGUGUGUCCUAAAUGUGGACAUGGUAAAGCAUUCUUCAUGCAACUCCAGACUCGUUCCGCUGAUGAACCUAUGACCACUUUCUACCGUUGCUGUAAUCACAAGUGCGCUCAUAACUGGAGGGAUUAGUCAAGCCAAGUGAUAAACUUAU